AUCAGAGGAGGAAGUGACAGACUCGGUGGCUUUUCGUCUCUGCAGCUCUCAGCCUCGAUAGCAGCGCUUUUUUCUCCCCCUGUGCUGGAAAUUACCCUUUGAAGACGCAUCUUCGGGCUGUGCGCGGAGCUUUCAGACCGGACCAGUUUACAACAUGGCUAACUUGUGGAUACACACCGUAUGGAUUUCCGCGCUCGGUUUCCUCUUUGGAUUUCAAGGUGGUAGUGGCCAAGUUCGUUUGGCCAGCUCUCAGGAGAGACUUCAGGACGUGGGCUGGUCCCUGCAUGGCAUGCCAGCGUACCAAGGAUUCCCCGUCCGGAGUGUGGAUAUGCAACGGGCCACCGACAACAUCACGGUUCGCCAGGGUGACACAGCCAUUAUCAGGUGUUAUGUUGAUGACAAAGCCUCCAAGGUGGCCUGGCUCAAUCGAUCAAACAUUAUCUUUGCCGGUGAAGACAAGUGGUCUCUGGACCCCAGAGUCGAUCUGGUCACCAAAGGACAACUUGAGUACAGCCUACGCAUACAGAAGGUGGAUGUUUAUGAUGAAGGGUCCUACACUUGCUCCAUACAGACAAAGCAGCAGCCUAAGCCCUCAUUGGUCUACCUCAUUGUACAAGUUCCAGCCAACAUCUACAAGAUGUCAGACGAUAUGACGGUGAAUGAGGGCAGCAAUGUGACACUCAGCUGCCUGGCUACUGGCAGACCAGACCCGCUAAUUACCUGGCGGCUGCUCAACCCCUCAGCCGAGCCACUGGAUGGAGAAGAAUACCUGGACAUCAUCGGCAUCACGCGAACCCAAGCAGGUCGCUACGAAUGCAAGGCCAGCAAUGACGUUGCCACACCUGAUGUCAAAUACGUCAAUGUAAUUGUGAACUACCCUCCAACAAUAAAGAAAACCCAGAGCGCCGAGGCCCAGCUUGACCGCAUGGGGACGCUGGGAUGUGAAGCCACCGCCGUGCCCACGCCCGAAUUUGAAUGGUACAGGGAUGAGAAAAGGCUGUCCAAUGCCCAGGGGCUCAAUAUCCAAGUCUUUGGCACUUACACUAUUCUUACAAUUUCAAGUGUCACUGAAGAGGAUUAUGGGAAAUAUACCUGUGUGGCCUCAAACCGACUAGGUGUCCAAAAUUCCAGUGUCUUUCUCUACAGACCUGGAACAGGCCGAGACAUCAACGGCUCAGCUUGCGUAUCUCAAUCACCGUGGCUCCUUCUGGCCUCCAUCGCCUGCCUUCUCUUACAGUGCUAAUACCUCUCCUCUCUCCCUCUUCUUCCCAGUUGGCCUUUGACCUUCCCGUUCACUUUCUCUCCCAACUCGCCGACAUCCUUAUUGCUACACCGACGUUACUGCCCUCAGGCAGUUCGCAUCCUUACGAACAUCUUAGGUGCUGUCUAGCACCGCUUGCAAAUUUUGUGUCUAGCGUCCGGUUAUGAAUAUGUCACCAGUGACGCGAGGGGGGGGGGAUUAAAAAUAAUGUUAUGAAGGACAGAAAAAGCAAACAGUGCUCCUUUAACAAAUUGUGUUGCUCUUUUUAAUACGUACGCACUUCUUUGUUUCAGCUUUCUGUGGCUGGUUUUGAAUUGUGUCUUCUUGUGUCUUGAUGGAAUUGAACGCACAGAUAUUCCACUUAGGAGGAUGCCAACACUCGCUUGUCUCUCGAUGAACUGAAGAGUCCUCGGAUUUCACCGAGUCCGUGGCCACUGCGCAAAUGAGUUGGGAUAAUCUGCCAAAUUUGACAUGAAGUGAUAUUAAGAGAUAGUUUCACGAUGCAGCGUUCGUAUUGUCAAAUGGAGAUUGAGUCUAAACUGAUCUGGUGAUGAAUACCAACAUCCAUAUUUUGUGACUUUGCGACCUUUUUUCCAGCUCCCUGUUUUCUUGCAAACAUCCGAAACAAUCUCUUCUCAUGAGAAUCGAGUGGGGUGUCAGAUAAAAUGCCAAGCAGUUGAAUAUUUCCCUAUAACAGAAAUGUCAUCUGCCGCUUCCAAGACAUUUUAAGUUGGAAGAAGUUCAAGGGCGGGUACAGUAUACAUUUGUUUUAGUACCUGAAAAGGUAAACAUUUUAAAAAGUGUCCAGGUUUUUGAACUUUUUUUUUUUGUUUUAUUAUCACAUGUAAUCGCAAAAUAACUAAAUAAAGGAAGGCGUGCAUUUGCGUUUGUGUAAGUAUUUUAAAACCAAAAUAAAAAUGGUGCUGAUCAAUAACAUGAGUUGAGUGGGGGGCACAUGACUUUCAUCAAACUUGAAAGGCACAAUAUAUGACGAUGAAGGGCGCCAGGAAGACAGGCGGUGAGUAGAAUGUCACUUUGCAAAAUGACAGCAAGAACGACUGCAAGACAUGGAAAGCGUGUCGUUUUCAACAGUUUCUGCAGCAAUACAAUUUUGUCACCUGUACGUGAAAUCGAAACUUUCCAGCUUCCUCACCCUCUAAAUGUACACACGGUAUGCAAAUCUGUAAAGUCCAUCUUCAACACACUCCCCCUGCUCAUAUAGCAGAUGUUGCAUUUCAAAACUGUGAGUUUCCUGAUGUCGUGACAACAAAUGUGAGACUGGAGAAUAAACCGUGAAUGCUUUUUGUUAUUUUUUUUUAAUCCAAACCCAACUAGACCAAAUCCUUAAAGAUUCUCAUGAGAAAAGGUUGAAAGAAACUCUCACUUAAUGUAUAGUUCAUAUUCACAUUUGGUAUUCUUCUGUGAUGAAGCGACUCGCGUGCGUUGUCUUGUCUGACGAGCAUCCAACCUGGCCCUUGGCCAUUGGCCUUCACUUCCAGGCAGCUUGAACACGCACAUUUAGCUCAUGACUUUUCUCCGAUAAUGUUACAGAUCAAAAUGUAGGACCCGAUGAAUGACUUUCUCAUGAUGUUUUUCUUUUUCUUCUUCUUCUUUUCAAGAAGUCUGUGAAAUUCCUCUGAAAAUUAAUUGUGAUACUGAAAUGUUUUUCUGUACUGCCACAUGAUGUGAACUCCCAUACUGGUCAACAUUUAUGUGAUUUAUGGGAUUGAUGUGUCCCCCUAACCUACUUUUGAAACUGACUUCAAUUGGUUUGAGGUCUUUCAUUUUUAUUCAGGCAUAUUUUCAAAAGCUAUUUACUGAUUUUAAAAAAUGUCUACCUUUUUAUUUCUUGCCAAAUCAGGUUUUUGAGGGAUUUUCAUUUGUUUAUUCAGUUUGCUUGAUAAAAGCUUCGCUCGAUACAGAUGUUGCCGUGUAUGGAAUGAGCCUGUUGCUAAAGCUAACCCUUAUUUAAAAAUAUGAAUAAACAUAGAACAUAUUAUAUUAUUGUUACUCUAGUCGUAUUUUAUUAUGAUGAAAACAUGAUCUGCUAUGGACAAAACAAGGGCAAAUUUGAAAUUUUGCGCCCAAAAAAAAAGUUUACUUUUAUCUCUGGUUUAAAAAAAUGUGUUGACCUGUGUUUUCUGCCCUUGAUAUGUAACUUCUUCAACUGGAUGAAUCAUUUCGUUCAAGCAAAUAACGAAAGGCUUGAAGUUUGUUUUUGUCUGUUUGUAGGAUUUCUUUUCCUGCCAAAAAAAAACGAGAAAAAAAAACCAAUACCGGUACAUGUGAAGUGGAAUGUCAAUUCACGCUUGUCAGAAUUCAAAGUGAGAGCAGCAAAACAGAAUGUUUCUUCACAUCAUACGAUUCCAUCAUCACCCCCCCCCCCCCCCCCAUUUUAAAAUGUUUUCGACACGUCUGCGUUUACACGUCAAGCAGCAGUCAUGCUUGCUGUUGUGUUUCUUGAUUUCACCUCAAUCUUGUGUUCGUCUCAAGUCACUUGCAUGCUGUUUGGUCACAUUUCCGCUGUUGUGACAACUCAAAGUACUGUAAAGAAUUUGUUUAUUUACGCUGACUUGAUAGUGGAGUGUGUAACGCUGUCGCUUCGGUUUUGAUUUCAAGCUAUUUGGAGCCUGUUCUGUACAAAAACAUUGAAAUUCGAACGUGUAAAUAUCAACAAAGCACCUUUGCAAGAGAGAGCUUUUGGUUUUUUUAUAUGUCUUCAUCAUCUCAUGCGUUUUUGUUUUUGACUAAGCAAAAAAAAAAAAAGUAACUGGAAUUCUAAUGUUAGUCAAGUGUGACGUUUCACUUUCCAAAAAUACGCUUCAUUCAUAAUGCAACAGUCGUGUCCUCGUGUCCAUCUUGCUCACUUCGCUGCCUCACUUGGACUGAGGAAAGCUGACUUUUGUCAGGCAAGGAGGAAAAGAGACAUAGCCAAACAAUCGACCAUGCAGUAAGAGACCACAUAGACAACCAAAGAAAACGUCAAAUUUCCCAUUUGCAGUUUUUGCAUGGAACAAAAUCAGAAACGAAGCAUGCUAGCCUAUUACCAAGCUGAAUAGACCAACCAAAACAUAACGACAACUCGCACGGUCCAAUUCCAGAAUAUAGCACAAAUUGUGGAUGCACAAAGAAAAUAACACUUCGUUUUUAUUGACACGGUCAGCGACGAAUAAUAUGGUUUCUCAUGGUCUUUUCGCUACAUGACAGGGACAAAUUCAUCAGAGACCCUUUCUAAUCCGUGUCGACCCAGCAUGACUUUAGCGAUUGAUAAUGCCGGGAACAGCAGAGAAGUGCACAUAAUCGUUUUGCGUGUAUGUGAGAAAGCAUUUGCAACUCGUUCUAAGAAAUUAGGAACUGCCUUUUUGAUAUUCACAAGUGACUUGUGAGGAAUUCAAUUCUGAUCUGACAAAUGCACAAAAGCAACAGAGAAAAAGUGUAAUGCCGCUCUAACCGUCAAUCAAAAUUAAGCGUUAGUCCUUUCGGUACAGGCUGAAUGUUUGAUGCGGUCCUUUUUGUGUUUCAGUAGGAGUGCUUAGUAAUGUUGAGGCUGGUAAAUCAAUUUCCAUGUGUGUGCAUAGUUCACAAAAGUGAUGUGCUUAUAGGUUGUAUGCUUUCAUUAUGCACUGAUGGUUA